AUGAUUCACGGUCCCUGUGGUGCACUAAAUCCGUCAUCACCAUGCAUGAAAGAAGGAAAAUGCACCAAAAAGUAUCCAAGGGCGCUUUUGAAAGAUACUCAAACUAACGACAAAGGCUAUCCUUUGUACAGGCGUAGAACACCAGGAGAUGGCGGCCGUACGAUAACUCUAAAAACCCGAGGUGGAACACAGGAAGUAUUGGUUGACAAUAGCUGGAUUGUCCCAUAUUCUCCUCUUCUGUCUAAAAUUUAUAACUGUCACAUAAAUGUAGAGUUCUGCAAUACGGUACAGGCGAUAAAAUAUAUUUGUAAAUAUAUAAACAAAGGCAGCGACCAGGCUAUUUUUAACAUUCGACAGCAAGGGAAUGUUAAUAUUGACCCGAGAGAUGAGGUGCAAACGUAUCGAGCCGGUAGAUAUGUUAGUAGUAACGAAGCAGCGUGGCGGAUCUUGGGUCUGCCUCUGCAUGAAAGACACCCAACAGUCACUCACCUUGCGGUUCAUCUGCCUAAUGGUCAGCGGAUUUACUUCACUGAAAACAAUUUUAGAGAGAGAAUGGCCGCACCACCUAAGACGACACUAACUGCAUUUUUCCUGCUUUGCCAAAAUGACGCAUUUGCAAAAACAUUACUUUAUGUUGACGUACCCCGCUACUAUACAUGGAACGUGUCGUCGAAAGAAUGGAAACGUCGUUUACAAGGCACACCUGUCGACGGCUGGCCAGGUGUGAAGGCAGGAGAUGCUCUUGGGCGCAUUUACACAGUGCAUGUUAGUAACUUCGAAUGUUACUGUUUGCGAAUGCUGCUGAAUGUAGUACAGGGCCCCACUAGCUUUUUGGAUCUUAAAACAGUUGACGGCCAAGAACUUCAAACUUUUCGACAAGCGUGUGAGAAGUUGGGGUUGUUGGAAGAUGACAACCACUGGGAUGCCACAAUGGAAGAGGCAGUGCUGUGUCGCUCUCCUUCGCAAAUAAGAGAACUAUUUGCAAUAUUGAUAUGCACUUGCGGUUUAUCCAAUCCUCUUCAACUAUGGGAUAAGUAUAAAUCUGCAUUAUCGGAGGAUAUCUUGCAAAGAUUUGAAAGGAUGGAUCAAGUCAACAAUGAUCUAUGUUUCAAUGAAGCACUGAGACAUAUAGAGGACAAAAUAAUAACGAUUUCCGGUAAGAAAUUGUCUGACUUCGGUAUGCCUACACCAGAGCGUCGAGGAGAGUUGUCGACCGAUUUGAUCAAAGAGCUAAGCUACGAUAUUGCUUUAUUAGACGCUCAGGUCAGCGAAACUGAACCACGCCUGCUACCCGAACAAAAAAACAUUUAUAACAAAAUAUUACAACGAGUUGAGCUUGACAAAGGCGGCCUUUUCUUUCUUGACGCCCCGGGCGGUACAGGUAAAACAUUUUUGCUUAAUUUGCUUCUAGCAAAAAUUCGUAAGGACCGUAAAGUUGCAUUAGCGGUGGCUUCCUCUGGGAUCGCUGCAACAUUGCUGAGCGGUGGACGAACGGCACAUUCGGUUUUUAAAUUACCUCUUAAUCUGGCGAGCGAAGAAACCCCAACGUGCAACAUCAGUAAGAGCAGUGCCCGUGGCGCCCUCUUGCAACAAUGUAUGCUGAUCGUGUGGGACGAGUGCACUAUGUCACACAAACGCGCCAUUGAGGCGCUUGAUCGCUGUCUACAAGAUAUUCACAGCAAUCGAAAGUUGAUGGGUGGUGUGGUAGUGUUAUUGGCAGGGGAUUUUAGACAGACUUUACCUAUUAUCGAGAGAGGCACUGCAGCAGAUGAAAUUAACGCAUGUCUAAAAGCCUCAUAUCUGUGGUCUAAAGUUGAAAAGCUUUAUCUUACCACUAACAUGCGAGUCCAGUUAUUCAGCGAUGUCGAAUCAGGAGCAUAUGCUCAAAAACUGCUAGAAAUUGGUGAAGGCCACCUAAACACCGACCAAGUAGGUAUGGUUCUUUUCACACAGCAAUUUUGUCAUGCUGUGGAGACAGAAAACGAACUUAUUGAACAAGUUUUUCCGAAUCUGCAACAAAAUAUUCUUGACGAAAAUUGGUUGUGUGAAAGAACCAUAUUGGCACCAAAAAAUCAGAUUGUUGCGAAAAUAAAUAAAACAUCUUGGCCGAAAUAA